GUGUCCGUGGGCACACGCAGAGAGCCCACCGAGUACUUUGUUUGGCUGCGGACGGGGUCGCCAUGGGAGAAAGCAAUGGACCAAACGAGGGGCUCUGCUGCCGUAUUCGGAGAGGGGGGGCGCUCUCUGCCGUAGCUGCCGUGUUGGCGUUUACUUCAAAGGUGUCGGCGUUCGUUCCCUUGUCUCUAUCAGUACCCGCAGGCUUUGAGGGUUUUCCAUCCUCGUUACAUCCUACUUCAGCAUCCCACCGCCGUGGCAGUAGCAGUAGGCGGCGUCAAUCGUCCCGCAGAUGGGUCGGAGGCGCACGCGGCGGGAAUUCCGGAGGCAUGACCAUGGAUGGUGGCAGCGGGGAUGAGGGGGGGGGGCGCCGCCGCAUCGAGGAGAGCGAGGGGGGUGUGAGCGUGCUGACGGUGACGGUGGGCGGGAGAGAUCUGUCGUUCGAGACCGGCAAGGUCGGGAGGCAGGCGAGCGGCGCCGUGAUGGCGAGGGAUGGCGAGACCGUCGUCUACAGCACAGCCUGCACCGACAGGAAAACCACGACGUCGAACUUCUCGCCUCUGCGCGUGGACUACAUGGAACGGUUCUCAGCGGCCGGAAUGACGUCCGGCGGAUACAACAAGCGGGACGGAAGGGCGUCGGACAAGGAAACGCUGGUGUCACGCCUGAUGGACCGCCCCCUCCGCCCGGCCAUGCACCCGGGCUGGUUUCACGAGACGCAGCUGCUGUCGUGGGUACUGUCGUACGACACCGUGCACCCGCCGGUGCCCCUCGCCAUCACCGCGGCGUCGGCGGCGCUGGCCCUUAGCAACGUGCCCCUGGUGCGCGCGAUCGCCGGGGUAACGGUCGGCAUGGACUCGGAGGGAGAACUCGUGGUCAACCCGGAGAUGUCUGUGGCGGCAAUGUCACCCCUUAACCUCACCAUCGCCGGCACGGCGGAUGGAGUCCUAAUGAUCGAGGGGGAAAGCGACUUUGUCGGCGAGGAGGACAUGAUGCGCGCCAUUGAGGUGGGGCACGCGGCGGUCAGGGACUUAUGUCUAGGUAUCGAGGAGUGGAGCGAGGUGGCAGGCAAGGAGAAGAAGACGGACACUUUGAGGCUGCCGCCGGAGGGGUUGGACGAGAUCAUGGAGAGAGACUUCCAGGACAAGGUUGACCACGCCCUGUUCGAGUCGGGGGAAGGGAAAGACGACCAGUCGUCGGCCAUGAGGGAGCUGACCGAGCUGACUCGGGAAGCGCUGCAGGUUGCAGAGGGGGAGGAGCCCGGAAACGGGCGCUACAGCCCGUACGAUAUCGAGACUGCGCUGAAGAAGUUGUACUCGAAACGGUUACGGGCGAUUGUCAAGACGACAGGGCGGCGCUGUGACGGGCGAAAGACAGACGAGGUCCGACCAAUCAGCAUCGAGACGGGCCUGCUUCCCAGGACGCACGGUUCGUGUCUCUUCACAAGAGGGGAUACUCAGGCCAUCGCAACGGUAACCCUCGGGGGCUCAGGUUCGAGCCAGAAGACCGACGGCAUCACUGGCAUGAUCUUGAAGCACUUCUACCUGCAGUAUACGUUCCCGCCCAGCUGCGUGGGAGAGACGGGCCGAAUCGGCGGCCCCGGCCGCCGCGAGGUGGGCCACGGCGCUCUUGCAGAGAAAGCCCUUUCCUACACCGUACCCGCCGUGAAAGACUUCCCGUACACCAUUCGGGUGGAGAGCCUCAUCACCGAGAGCUGCGGGUCGAGCAGCAUGGCCAGCGUCUGCGGCGGCAGCCUCGCCAUGAUGGACGCGGGGAUCCCGGUCUCCUCUCCCAUUGCGGGGGUGGCCAUGGGGUUGCUGCUGGAUGAGGAAGGCGGCAGCGGCGAGGAAGCGGUGGUGCUUACCGACAUUCUCGGACUCGAGGACGCGCUCGGCACCAUGGACUUCAAGGUUGCGGGCAACGAAAAGGGUAUCACCACGUUCCAGCUGGACAUCAAGUGCGCCGGCCUCACCACGGCGCUGCUCGGGCGCGCCCUGACCCAGGCCAAGGCCGGGCGUCUUCACAUCCUGGGGGAGAUGCAGAAGGCCCAGCCAGACGGCCCGAGAAAGGAGAUUUCCCCCUUCGUGCCGACCGCGACCAUCAUGAGCGUGGACCCUGACCAGAUUGGAAAGAUCAUCGGCCCGGGAGGCAAGAUUAUCCGCCAAAUUAUCGAAGACUUUUCGCUCGACGGCAUGGAUGUCGAGGAGGACGGUCGGGUCAUGAUCUCCGCCUUCAACAGCACCAGCGCUGCAAGCGCCGUGAAGUACAUCGAAGAAAUGCUCAAGGACGUAACGUUACGUGGGGGGGGUAGGGGAGGCGCCGGAGGCGGCGGCGGUCGGUCUUCUCGCGGAGUACCUGCCGACUUCAACACGACCGCGAUCAUCGGCACCACCUACAGGGAUUGCGAGGUGGUGUCCAUCCAGCCGUUCGGCGCGUUCGUGGAGUUCGCGCCCGGGCUGGAGGGCCUCGUGCACGUGAGCGAGCUGGACGUGAACCGCGUGGUGACGGCGGAGGGGUUCUUGGCGGACAAGCCGGCGAUCGACGUGAAGGUGAUCGGGCUCAACGAUAAGGGUAAGGUACGUCUUAGCCGCAAGGCCGUCCUAUUGGAAGAGCGGGGAGGAAAGGCGGGAGGGGCCGACGUUCCGAGCCCCCCGCGAAAGCGGCCGAACGGGGCCCUGGCCGGCGGGGGGGCGCUCGGAGUGGUGAAGCGCGCCGCUCCUGCGGCGGCGAAACCAAAGGCGGUGGGGGCGGCGAAGAAGGAGGUUCCGCUCUCGGCGGCAGUAGAAGGGCCCUCCGGCGGCGGCGGCGGUGAGGGAGAAGCGCCGAAGAAGGACGGAUGAGACCCCCGAGGGCGAACGAUUUUGAAAAAAUGUGGAAAUUGAACGUGGUAGUGGGUGGGUGACGUCGGUGCCACGUCUUUUUUAUUAUGUCAUUUCGUCGUUUAGUGGCUAGGGAGGAGAACGCCUGAGGAGAUUCCGUUGUUGUAGCGGGUCGUUCGUGAGGCUGUGGGACAGAGAGCAGGAAUUUAACGCUAGAAGUUUGUUUUGUUGUGUGCGCGUUGCGCGUUCGCGGAGUGGUAAGACUCCAACGCUCUACAAUGUGAAGCGGUUGACUGCUUCGUGCUUCGAAAUGAGGUACGUGUUUUUCGCGGCUUGAGGGUUAAAAGGGAUCAGCAUGCACCGUUUUGAGUGAUCCGCAGUAGGAGACAACGCCUCUCUCUGUUUCCGAUAUCCCGUGGGCUGGAUCUCCUUCACCCACCCCAAGCCUGUAAGACUGUCGUAGACGGCGUGUUACGUUCGAGAUGACGAGUGGGUCUCGCGGAUGCACCGAAUUAUUUUUUUUUUGCUCUCUCGCCUUUAGGAUACUUGUGCUAAGGGCGUGCACCAGCAGUCUCUCAUGAAAACUGACCGACGUUUUCAGGGAUCAGUACGGCCGAGAUUCGUGCCCAUGGAGACAGUCACUCGGUAUUUCUUCCAUGUAUACUUUCGUUCGUGCGUACCUGCAAGAAGCGUCUCUCCCUCAGAGCGCUUGCUCCCCUCUCCCUGGCUUAUCGGUUCCCG